UUUCUUUUCUAUAAUUUUUGUGCUUAUGACCGCGCGAAAAAGUAUGAACUCUGUAGCAAAUUUUUUCCAGGAAGUUAUUACAAGGAAAGAAAAAAAUUUCUUACAAAUAUUUUUAUAAAUACCAAUAUUAUUUGAAAUAACAAGGACAUAAAUAUGAAAUGCGUUGUACCUGGAGGAAAUGUCAAGGUGUUGGCAAAAGCGAUACAUAUGCUUGCAAAAAUUGGAGAUGAGAUGUAUGUAAAUCCACAACAGGAAUUUAUAUCUUUUUGCACAGUUAAUAUGGCAAAAUCAGCAUAUUCCGACAUUACAUUUCACAAAAAUUUCUUCUCUUAUUAUACACUGGAGGAUGUUGAAGAAGAAGAGGCACAGAAGUGUAAAAUUUCAAUGAGAAGUGCUAUGACUGUCUUUAAAUCUGCGCACACAUUGGACAAACAGAUAGAGAAUUGUCACAUUCAUUUAGAGGUAGAUUCCUGUAAUCUAAUAUUUAUCUUGAAAUAUAAGAAUGGUGUCAACAAAUCUCAUUUGUCACCCAUCCUGGAUCCUGAAAAGUUGCAAGCAUCAUAUUCUAAAGCUGGUAUGACCAACGAAUUGACAUCGCGAGCUCGAACAUUGGUGGAUGCUCUGCAAAAUUUUCCACAAAACCUGAUUGAAAUAACGCUUGAGAUAACACAGCAUAAGUUGUUGCUUAGGAAUUAUAUAGAUGAUGCAUCAGUCAUGGUAAAUACAACACGCACUCAAUUGGCUUUUGGCAUUGGAGAAUUUGAUCGCUAUACAGUGGGCAAUGAGACAACCAUCACAUUUUGUUUAAAAGAAAUCAGAGCAUUACUCAAUUUUAGCGAAAGUAUAGGAGUCCCAGUCAAUAUAAGUUUUGAGACAGCUGGAAGACCAAUGCUGCUUACAUUAAAGAAUCAGGGAUUUGAAGCAAAUUUGUUAUUAUCAACUUUAAGCCCGGACAGUUGUAGUCAGUUGGAUUCGUCGACUGUCAAUAGACAGGUGCAACCUCGUCGAAGGAAAAAUGCUUCUUCGAGAAGUACUUCCAGAUGUGUCAAUAAAUCUUCAAAUCGAAAUAAAAACUCCACUGUUUCUGCCGAACAUAUGAUGAAUAAUACAUUUAAGAAUAAAUUAGAGAAAAAGACAAAUCAGGCGGACAAGAAUCAGACGCUCAAUCAGGCUACUUCUAUAAGCACUGUUUCUGCAAAAACGAAUAAUUCCAUAAAUAGUGCUCGAGAGAAAAAUCAGAACUGUUUGUUAUCGUUUAAUCCUGGCAGCGCAAUGUCUUCGACAAUUGGUAAGAAAAUUCCAAACGAUCAGCGAAAAUUGGUGAACUCGGUGUUUUCUAACAUUGCAAAACGGAAGUCGACAAGCAACGAGGAAGAUUGUAGAUUGCAGGAGCAAGUCACAGAAGAGUGUGUAAAUAUGCAAGAAAGUGUGCCGCGUUCACCGCCGCCGUUACGUCAGGCGACCAAAAGAGCCAGGUUAGUGUUCCAGAAAUGUUUUCAGAACACUUUUGAUCCUCGAAUGUUACCUGGUCACGAUACCAUCUUGGUGGAGGACUCUGACGAGAAUAACAGCGAUUGAAUUAUUGUCUCCACAUGUAUUAUAUAUGUAUACAAAUCGGAAUUGAUCAAAACUGAAAUUGAUUUGUUCAGUAUUACAACUGUGUAAUUACACGACAUUAAAAUUUCUAGACAAUUAA